AUGGCGACGCGGAACCGGACGCCGCUCUACCGCAAGUACCGCGACGCGCUGCGGCACGUCCGCGCGCCGGCCGGGGCGCCGUCGUCGUCCGGCGGGGGCGGGGGCGGGGGCGGGGGAGGGCCAGUGAUCGAGAUGGCCUCGCUGCUGCUCUCCGACCGCCCCUACGCGCCCCUCAGCACGGAAGACCCCUCUGGCUCCAGUAGAGGCGCUGUGACAGUCGGGCUACCCCCAGCCUGGGUGGAUGUUUCCGAAGAGAUAUCUGCAAACAUGCAGCGGGCAAGGACAAAAAUGGCGGAGCUGGCUAAGGCACAUGCCAAAGCCUUGAUGCCAUCCUUUGGCGAUGGCAGAGAUGACCAACGAGCAAUUGAGGUUCUCACACAUGAGGUAACGGACUUGCUCAAGAGGUCCGAGAAGAGGCUGCAGAAGCUGUCCAUGAAAGAUUCGUCAGAGGAUUCAAAUGUCCGAAAGAAUGUCCAGGGUCAGGAUGGUGUUGAUUUGGAAAUGAAUAUAAAUGGGACGAAGUCUACAUUUGAAGACGAUGAGUCUGACGAUGUGGGUUUCACUGAGUUUCAGAUGUCAAAACUUAAGAAAAGCGAAGCGUUCACUAGAGAAAGGGAGAGAGAAAUUGAGCAGGUUGUUGAAUCAGUCAACGAACUUGCACAGAUCAUGAAGGAUCUUUCAGUUCUCGUGAUUGAUCAGGGAACCAUCAUCGAUCGGAUAGACUACAACAUACAGAACGUUGCUGCUUCAGUUGAGGAGGGUUACAAACAGUUGCAAAAGGCUGAGAGGACCCAGAAGAAAGGGGCAUGGUGA